GAAAGAUUUCUUUCUUUUGUGACUUUGGUUAAUUGCAUUUAAUUGUUCAUAAUUUUCAAGAUAUUUUUAAAAUUAUUGUAUAAAUUAGUAUACUAAUUGUUCGUGUUAACGUUACGUGUAAUAAAAAGAUUAAAAAAGGUAGAAAGAAAAAUAAUGCAUAAAUACAGUGACAGCUGUAAAAUGAAAUACUUAUUUGUUUAAAUUUUAAGUAAAUGUCUAUUUCUCUAAAUUAAAUAUUUGUUAUUAUGAAUUUCUUUGAUAAUAAAAUAUUAAACGAAAGAAAAUAUUUUUUCUAAAGUAUAUUUUUGACGUUUGAAACUAACCUCUAUAAAUGAAAAGAACGUUUGUUUUUCUCAAGAAUAAAAUUAGAUUUUAUUUUUUUUAAUUGAUUGUAAAUCAUGAUUAAAGCUAUUUUAGUAUUUAAUAAUCAUGGAAAGCCUAGACUUUCUAAAUUCUAUCAAUAUUUUAAUGAGGACAUGCAACAACAGAUAAUAAAAGAAACAUUUCAACUAGUUUCAAAGAGAGACGAUAAUGUUUGUAAUUUUCUAGAAGGUGGAAGUUUAAUAGGUGGAUCCGACUACAAGUUGAUUUAUCGACAUUAUGCUACAUUAUUUUUUGUAUUCUGUGUUGAUAGCUCAGAAUCAGAGUUGGGAAUUUUAGAUUUAAUACAAGUUUUUGUUGAAACAUUGGAUAAAUGUUUUGAGAAUGUAUGUGAACUCGACCUUAUCUUUCAUGUAGAUAAAGUUCAUUAUAUACUUAAUGAAUUAGUGAUGGGUGGAAUGGUUUUGGAGACCAAUAUGACUGAGAUACUUACAAGAAUUGAAGAUCAAAACAAAUUGGAAAAACAAGAGGCAGGAAUCACAGCAGCGCCGGCGCGUGCUGUUUCUGCUGUCAAGAAUAUGAACAUACCACAACAGAUAAAGGAGAUGAAGUUGCCUGAUUUACCACAAGCUAUAAAAGAUCUCAAAUUCUGACCAGCCGUUACUUCGUUGGCUCCAAGCUGACUGGUUUCAACUACAAUUCCAAAUGCAAGUGAUACUACAAGGAUUUUUUUCCCCUCCCUUCAAGUAAAUGAGAAUGCACCAAUACUCUCCACAAAUUCUUCAUAUAUCUCACCUCAACAGUAUCAGAGUUGAACAAUGAAGAGUCUUGAAGAAGGAUUUAUAUUAUGAAAUUCAGAAAAUUGUUUAUAUCUGACUUUAAACACAAGGAUUUUUGGAAUAUUGAAAAUAUAAUAUUCGAUACAUGAAAAAAGGUAAUUUUAUAAAUACUGAACUAUAUUUUACAGAGGUUGUAUUAUCAUUCUUACAUAGCCUCAUGUAAUAUUAAUGAAAUUGCAUUUUUAUUGUUAUCUUUAAAGCAGUAUAUUUAAUGCUACCAUUUCUGAGCACUUCAGUCUAAUUAUUUUCAAAAAUAAUAUUAAAUGAUAAUGUUACAUUGUAUAAACAAACAACGUAAUAAAUAUUACAAUAAUA